AUGGAGAACACACAGGGUGGAAACCAAGGGGGCUGGUUCAGGAUCACAAUUCCUUACGGAAUAAAGUAUAACAAGACAUGGUUACUAAACUCAAUCCAAAAUCACUGUAGUGUCCCCUUCACCAUGGUCGAUUUCCAUUAUUUAAAAGACCGGGCCCAGUUCUUUAUCCAGGAUGGUACUGCUGCCUCUGCAUUGAAGGAUAUCAACCACAAGAUUUGUGAUGAGGAAAAUAAAAAGGUAUGUGUUUUUGUUACUUACUAUUCUUAUCACUCUCAGAAUAAAUUGGAGCCAGAAGAAAUGAAGCUAAAUGGCUCUCACUACCUUUCUCUGCAGCUGACCAUGAGAAAAUGCUAUGAUAUUGUCCAAAAAUGUCUUGACCUCCAUAAACUUCGUUUUGACCCAGAGUUGGUGGACCAUGAUAUUGCUAUAAUACUGAAUUGAAGAAACUGCAUAUCUGCCACCCUGCAGAUCAUCAAAGAGAAUUUCUCCAAGAUAAGGCCUUAUCUUUUGUCCUUGAACUUGUGCAAGAACAAACUGUAUCAGCUGGAUGGCCUGUCUGACGUUAUACAGAUAGUCCCCACAGUCAAGAUCUUGAACCUGUCCAAAAAUGAGGUACAGUCAGCCUGGGAGUUAAGCAAGAUGAAAGGGCUGAAGCUUGAAGAGCUGUGACUAAAAGGGAACACCUUAUACAGCACAAACAAGUCCACCUAUAUAAGUGCCAUCAGAGAUUGUUUCCCCACAUUAUAUUACUUGAUCUAUGACUCUGGAGAUGAACAGGGUCUCCUCAAUGCUUGGCAUGAUGAGGUGUGCUUCUCCCUGACCAUUCCCUUAAACCCUGAAGAUGCAGCAUUAAACAGCUUGGAAGAAUACUUCAAGGAUACCAGGGACAUUAAAAAGUUGAGGACUCUGGUAAAUCAUACAAAGUAUGACAUUGUUGACUCCCUCAAUAUGUUGCCCAAAACUCAGCAUGACUUUCACUCCUAUGUGGUAGACCUGAGCAUCUGGAUGGCGACCAUCCUUAGCAACUGUUCUUUCCCUUCCCUACUCUAUUUUUCUGUCAAUGGGGUUUUUAAAGAAGUGGAAGGAAAUUCUCAAGGUUCUCUCUGUGCUUUCACCUGGACCUUCAUCUUGACUUCUGAUAGCAAUUCCAAUCUGUGCAUUAUGAAUGAUGAUGUGAGGAAUACCAAGACCAAAGAAACUCAGAACACCUUCUCCUUUCCGGUACCCACACCCUUCUCAAACUGCAUGCCCACCAUCUCCCAGAAGCAGCAGGAAAUGAUGCAGGUUUUCUGCACUCAGUCUUGGACAAACCUCCUGUGAUCUCAGAAGUGUCUUCAGGACAAUGAGUGGAACUACACCACAGCUGGUCAGGUCUUCACUAUGCUCAAGAACAAGGGAAAGAUCCCAGAGGAAGCCUUCAAACUAAGAAACAAGCACAGAGAGUUUGUGGAGUUUAUGACUCCACAAAUGAGAAGUCAGAAGAAAUGCUGUGGGAAGAAAGUAUAUGACCAUUCAAAGGACAAAGACUGCCUGCACCCGCCAACCAGAGACCAUAUAUUGGGAGAAGCGGAGCAGUACUUCUCCGAAACCAGGGCGUAUGGAGUGGGAAGUUUUAAGAUAUCAGGGUUUAAGUCCCAGCCAAGCACCACGGAGGCAUGGGAGUCGGCUGAGUGGGACAAACUGUGUUUGCAGCACUGUGAGGCGGGCUACUUCAAAGAACAAAUCGAAGCACACCUGGUUGAGGGUCGAAAACAUCACCAUGAGUAG